AUGCCUGGGAGGAAUUCCACGGUAGUGACGGAAUUCUUCUUGACAGUGUUUGCUGACCAUCCCGCCUGGGGGCUUCCGCUCUUCGCGGUCUUUCUGGGUUUCUACCUGCUCACUCUGCUGGGGAACUGUGGAAUGAUCCUGCUGAUCCGCCAGGAUCGCCGGCUGCACACCCCCAUGUACUUCUUCCUUGGCCACCUCGCCCUCGUGGACAUCUGCUACUCGUCCACCGUCGUCCCCCAGGCGCUGGUGGUCCUGCUGGAACGCGGCAUGGUCCUCUGCAGGGCGCGCUGCGCCGCCCAGUUCUUCCUCUUCACCUUCUUCGCGUCCAUGGACUGCUACCUCCUGGCGAUCAUGGCCUACGACCGCUGCGUGGCCGUGUGCCGCCCCCUGCUCUAUGCGGCCAUCGUGACCGAGAAGGCCCGCUGGGCUCUGGUCGCGGCGGCGUACGCGGCGGGCUUCUCCAGCGCCUUGAUUCGCACGGUCACCGCCUUCACGCUCUCCUUCUGCGGGAGCAACCAGAUCGACUUUAUUUUCUGCGACCUCCCGCCUCUGCUAAAGCUCUCGUGUGGGGACAGCUACACCCAGGAGGUGGUGAUCAUUGUGUUCGCCGUUUUGGUUAUGCCCGCUUGUAUCCUGGUCAUCUCGGUUUCCUAUCUGUUCAUCGUCCUGGCCGUCGUGCGGAUGCGCUCCCCCGGGGGCCGGGCCAAGACCGUCUCCACCUGCGCCUCCCACCUCGCCGCUGUGGCGCUCUUCUUUGGGACGCUCAUCUUCAUGUACCUGCGGGACAACACGGGCCAGUCCUCGGAGGCCGACCAGGUGGUGUCCGUGCUCUACACGGCGGUGAGCCCUAUGCUGAAUCCUCUCAUUUACAGCCUGCGGAACAAGGAGGUCACGGAGGCGGUCUUGAAAUCCUUGGGCCGAUCGAAGGUUUCCGGAAGGUUCUAG